UAGAUUUGAUAUAUCAUUUAUUCAACCAUGUUUGUGUGAAAUUUCGUGACAAUUCUUAGUGUCGAAGUCAAUGGUUUUGCUUGCGAACGAAAGCAUUCCCAACUGAGCGGUCACGGUAAUGAGGUGCCCCAGAGGUCACGUGACUGCUAUACUGCAACCUGAUUCGUCAAGCGCGUUUGUUUACAUUGUACAUGACCAAGUGUGUUUGUUAUGAGAGAUCUUUCACUGAUAUUUUGUGCAUUCCUGCAGGGCUUUUUUUCACUAAAACAGCUUAUAAAACAAAUUGAUAAAUUUUUUUGAAGAUCACAUAAUUUACUCAAUUUCUUUAAAUUUCUCAACUUAAGAUCACAGCCUUUGUUUAAAAUACAUUAAGAACAAAAGGAAAAAAUGAUCACUUAUUUCCGCCUCUAUAAUUGUUAUAACUUCCUUAUUUCUCAAGAUAUUUAAAUGAUUUUGGUGUCAUUCUGUUUGUUAUCUAGUUCUCUAUCAAAUUCAUUAUUAGAUUUUCUGUUAUAUGGGGGGUUUGGAUUUUUUUGUAACAUACCUACAUCAUGCAGCGCACAAUAAAAUUACAGUCCGCCCUCUUUAUUAUUGUUCGCUUAUUUGUCGGUCGGUUGCCAGGUGCGUGUCAACUGAAAUAAUACUUGGCCACUUAAAUGCUAAUCACAGCUAAUUCUUCCGUCAUUCGGCUACCCAACCGGCCGUCGUUGUGCGCAGUCAGCGUCGCCACUGGCGUACGCGAUGCUAAGGCCCACCUCCACUGUCAGCUGAUAUGACAGUCAUCGAUAUGCGAUUUGUAGACGUAGAAACCGAUUGGUCCAAUAAUAGACUGUGGAUGUUGUCGACUUGCUUUCGACCCGCCCCAAUUCGCUGUCUUUGACAGGAAUUACAUAACUGGCUGUUUAUUGAGAAGCAGAAGUGGUCAGUAAUUCCAUCAAUCAAAGAUACGAGCUGUGCAAUUGGGUGAAAUUGCAGCCACAUAGUGACACCUGCGCGAAACAGUGCGCGGCUCAUUUCGCCUGCGCUCAAAGGAAGGAGUGCAGUUUAUAGCGCCGUUGUGUUAUUUAUGUAUUUGAUUCGGCUGCAGAAUGGAAUAAUAGCUAUUCACUCUAACGACUUUUUCAGAGUCAUUUGUAGGCAGUCGUGGGAAGGAAUUUUAAGCGGAGUUAAGGAGUCAAAGCCGAGGAGGGGAGGAUGAAGCGGCGCAAUGCGGACUGCAGCAAACUCCGGCGGCCGCUGAAGCGGAAUCGGAUAGCGGAGGGGAUAUUCGGCAGCACGUUCCUGUACCUGCGCUUCGUGGUGGUGUGGGCCCUGGUGCUGCUGGCAGACUUCGUGCUGGAGUUCAGGUUCGAGUACCUGUGGCCUUUCUGGCUAUUCAUCCGCAGCGUGUAUGAUUCCUUCAGGUACCAGGGGCUGGUGUUCUCCGUGUUCUUCGUCUGUGUGGCCUUCACAUCUGACAUCACCUGCCUACUCUUCAUCCCCCUCCAGUGGCUGUUCUUUGCUGCCAGCACAUACGUCUGGGUUCAGUAUGUUUGGCACACUGAGAGGGGCGUGUGUCUGCCCACAGUGUCUCUCUGGAUACUCUUUGUCUACAUAGAGGCUGCAAUCAGAUUCAAAGACCUGAAGAACUUCCACGUGGACCUGUGCCGUCCGUUUGCUGCACAUUGCAUUGGCUACCCCGUGGUGACACUGGGCUUCGGCUUCAAGAGCUACGUGAGCUACAAGCUGCGGCUGCGGAAGCAGAGGGAGGUGCAGAAGGAUAACGACUUCUACAUGCAGCUGCUGCUGCAGGCCCUGCCCCCCAGGCAGCAGCUCCUCCGUAGGCCGGAGGCGGAGCUUGAGGACGCUGCACCCACCAGGCCUGUGUCUGAACCGGACUCCACAUCCACAUCACAGAAUGGUGGCCCCGUGGGGAAGAGGGUCUCGCCAACCUUGCCAGAGCUGGAGUACAGGGAGAGGUGCAAGGAUGGGAAGGACAUGCGCAAACCGGCUUCCGUGGCCCUGAGCGUGACCAGCCACAUCCUGCCCUCUGCGGACUCCCGGCUGCAGGAAGAGGAAUACAUGGAGACCCAGCUUAAUGGUGGUCGGCUGACUGAGGAGCUGAUGGGCAGCACGGAGAACCUGCUGCUGAGGGAGGAGUUCGUGGAUUUCACCUCCUCCAGAAAUUACCGGAACGGCAGUGGAGGGGGUGUGGCCAACUCCUCGCCCCGCGGGCACAGUGCCGCCAAUGGCAGUGUGCCGCCGUCCGCCCCGUCCCCCGCGACAUCCAGCAAGAAUGAGAAGAAGCAGAAGAGCGUGCCAGGGAAGGGCCCGACAGAGAGCUGUGUAGCCGGCGGCCAGCUGAGCCGGCCCGACGCCCUCAUGCGGCUGGAGCAGGAUGUGAAGAAGCUGAAGGCGGAGCUGCAGGCCAGCCGGCAGUCGGAGCAGGAGCUGCGCACUCAGAUGGGCGCAGUGAGCAGCACGGAGCGGGGCGCACGUGCCGAGCUCACGCAGCUCCGCCAUGACAACGAGCUGCUGCAGAACAAGCUCCACAGUGCAGUGCAGGCCAAGCAGAAGGACCGGCAGGUGGUGAGCCAGCUGGAGAAGAGGCUGAAGGUGGAGCAGGAGGCGCGCGCCACUGUGGAGAAGCAGCUGCUGGAUGAGAGGAAGCGCAAGAAGCUGGAGGAGGCAGCGGGGUCGGUGCGGGCGGCGGCAUUGGCCACGGCCUCCAGAGGGGAGUGCCCGGAGGCGCUGCGGGGCCGUGUCCGUGAGCUGGAGGCAGAGUGCAAGAAGUUCUCCCUGGAUCUCAAGCUGAAGGAGGAGCAGAUGAGGGAGCUGGAGGUGCAGCUGCAGGAGCUGCACAAGUACAAGGAGAACGAGAAGGAGACGGAGGUACUGAUGUCGGCACUGUCAGCCAUGCAGGACAAGACGCAGCACCUGGAGAACAGCCUGAGCGCUGAGACCCGCAUCAAGCUGGACCUGUUCUCUGCACUGGGGGACGCCAAGAGGCAGCUGGAGAUCGCCCAAGGUCAGAUGCUCCAGAAGGACCAGGAGAUCAAAGAGCUGAAGCAGAAGAUCGCAGAAGUGAUGGCUGUCAUGCCCAGCCUGGCAUACGCAGCUAAUGGCAGCGGCCUGAGUGCGGUGGCCCCCCACUACUCCUCAACGUUCAUGGACACGAGUCCCUCAGGGCUGGACCCCAACGCCUCGGUGUACCAGCCUCUGAAGAAGUGAAAGCGUGGCUGAGAGGGAGGGCCGGCGCCGUUCCGUGUUUUUCUCCUUCAUGUUCAGAAAGACUCUGACUCUGAGCCGUAUUGCCCCCCCAGCACUCGCCUCUGUACCCCCCCCCCCUUCUGGUUCGUUAUUUAUUCCCUUGCUGUGUUUGCGGGUAAUCGAGUGGCAGCUGUAUGCACCUGGCUGGCUCUAACUGGUGCAGUGACAGGCUCAGCAUUCUGCACACCAGCCCUUGUUUAAAUAGUGCCUUGGCAUAUUACUGCCCCCAUACCUUAAUCUGAGCCAGCGAGAGCCUGCUGCAUAGGGGCCUCAGCCAGCCGCUUCCUACAGUCACACAUUUCCUGUGACGUGGGGCCCUGGGGGGGUCUGUGCCACCAUCAGGGUGCUGAUCGUGGCUGAAAGUCACCUUGGCGUCUGCACCCAUCUUUUUGCAGUUGAAUGUUCAACUUUGUUUGUGUGCCAAGCAAGGACUUUUUAACUUAUUCAGUGUAAAAUGUGUUUUUAGAUAUGUUUGGCCAGUGCAUUAGGGAGCGGUGCUACACUGAACCUGGUUUAAUAUCGAGCAGGAUGUAUCAGCACUUGUUUGCAGUGCACUGCAGAGGUGGUGAUCUCACUCUGAGGGGGUCAUUUCCUCUUUGCUCUCAAGGCUUCUCACUCUGAGUGACACUAUCUGCACUCUUCCCUCGUGAAUCCAAGCCGCCCUCUCAAGUCCACACAGCCUCGCACAGUUCCAUGCUGAUACGGUUCUGCAGUGGAUCCGAUGGGCUGCACAUGCUGACUGGAAGGACUGACCCAGGGCUACUCAGACUUUCUGCACCACCUGUUGAACCCUCCUCCACUCCAGACGGGAUCUUUGCUGCAUUGUCGCUUCCUGUGAGGUUUACAAGGAAUAAAAAAAAAUUCUUGUGGGUAAUAA